AGGAUACUUUGAGGAUCUUCCAUAAAACCACUGGUUUGAGAAUCAAUCCUGCUAAGUCUCAAAUUUUCUUUAGAGGUGUGGAUAAGAAGAGUCAAGAAUAUCUUCAGAAGCUUGAGGAGUGUGACAGAGGAGAAGAGUGAACACCAAAGAAAGGAUUGGGAGGUACAUGGAUUUUGACAAAAUUUGUGCAUUAUGUAAAGCAGCAGAAGAAAACAGUGAUCAUCUGUUUUGCAACUGUCCCAUCACUAAGGCAAUGCUUAGAAGGACUUCUGAUCGGCAGGGCUAUAAAUUUGAAGGGACUAAGGCAAGGAACAAGCUUCUUCAUAAGCAGGAAGGCACCCUAGAAGAGAGCAUGUUUAGAGAGAUUACUAUCCAUACAACUUCAUGCUGGGAGAGGGAGAAAGAGAAGAAUAGUAGUAGAUAGCCUUGUUGCUCUUUUUCUAGCUUGAGUUUGGUUAGUAGCUUCGUUAAAGGCUGUACACUUUGUUGCUCUUUUUCUAGCUUGAGUUUGGUUAGUGCAUUUAUUUCAAAACAAAAAAGAAAAGAAACACUCCCUUAGUAUGGUUAUCCAUAACCAAUUAAGCAGUGCAAAAAGAAAAUAGCUUAAUGUUG